AUGCCUUAUUAUACCGAGGACAGACUUGAAUAUCUCGAAGAGUCGGCACAAACGGCGAGGCCGGGCGAUCAAUCGCAGGCGCUGGCGCUGGUAGCUGGUAUUUUGGAGCGCAACGCCAUUGCCUAUGGGGUAAUGGGUGGCAUGAACUUCUACCUCCGCGGCUCAAGCCGCACGACAGGCGACGUCGAUAUUGCCGUGGACAACCCACCACGUAUGGAGGCCCUAUUGAGCAUUUUCAACAGCCACGAAAGAAGGCUUGCCUUCAAGGUGGAUCUCAGCAUGCUCAUGGACGCCAACCACGAGUCCAUGCCGGCUGUCUGGGCCAAGAUCUCCACUGAGACGUACGGAAACUCAAGCGAGCCGCGACCGACGACGAGCGGGGCGGAUCAGAAGGCCAUCUGA